UGACUGCACAGCGUUCCCGGCCUGGCAUGGUGCACUUGUCCUCCGCAGGACUCCAUUUCCUCUCUGCAUUAAGUCCCAAGAGAGCCCAAGUGGACACAGAGCCUUCAACCAGAUCUGCCAGAGCACCAACAAUUCUUCACAAAGAAGCAAAAGAACUCCAAGAAUCCCAGCCGACCGGAGGGAAAGGCUUCUUCCCAGAGGAGCGGCGGCAGCGGCGGCCACCCACUCACACGAUUUAUUGUCAAGACUGUUGAAAGUAUAACCAUCCGAGAUGCCCGUCCCUCCCCCACCGGCACCCCCACCGCCACCCACACUGGCGCUGGCCAAUACAGAGAAGCCUACCUUGAAUAAGUCAGAGCAGGCUGGGAGAAAUGCUCUUCUGUCUGAUAUCAGCAAAGGGAAGAAACUAAAGAAGACAAUCACCAACGACAGAAGUGCACCAAUAUUGGACAAGCCCAAAGGAGCCGGUGCUGGCGGUGGUGGAGGCUUUGGUGGAAGCAGCGGGUUUGGCGGAGGAGGGGGCAGCGGUGGAGGAGGAAGCAGCGGCGGUGGUGGCAGUUUUGGAGGCGGCGGACCUCCCGGCUUGGGAGGACUGUUCCAGGCUGGAAUGCCCAGGCUGAGAUCCACGGCCAGUAGAGAGAAUGAUUCUGGAGGAAGCCGAGCGCCAAUUUUGCCACCCGGAGGAAGAUCGGCGUCUGCCAAGCCCUUCUCGCCCCCCAGCGGUCCGGGGAGGUUUCCUGUCCCUUCUCCGGGCCACCGCAGCGGCCCCCCGGAGCCUCCCAGGAACCGAAUGCCUCCGCCCAGGCCCGACGUGGGCUCAAAGCCCGAGAGCCUUCCCCCGCCAGUACCGAACACGCCGAGGCCCAAUCAAUCGAGCCUGCAAAGCCGGGGGUCCCCCCCAGUGCCCGGAGCCCCCAGGCCUCCCGGCCCCGGGCCUACUCCUCCGCCCUUCCCUGGAAGCCGAGCUGCGGCGUUCGGCGGGGGCUCCCUGCGGCAGACACCCUCGGGCUCCCCCUCCCCGUUCUCCAGCCGGCCGCCCCUGCCCCCCACCCCGAGCAGGGCCGCGGAGGACAAGCCGCCGCCCCCGCCGCCCCCGGUGGGCAACAGGCCGGCCCUGCACCGGGAGGCCGGGCCCCCGCCGCCCCCGCAGAACAGCAAACCCCCGGUGCCCUCCACGCCGCGGCCCGCGCCCUCCACCGCCUCGCAGGCACCGCCCCCGCCGCCGCCCCCCUGCCGGCCCGGCCCCCCGCCCCUGCCUCCCGGGGGCUCCGGCGGCGCCGACGAGAUCCCCAGGCUCCCGCAGCGGAACGUGUCCCUCACCUCGUCCGCACCUCCCUUACCGUCACCCGGGCGGUCGGGCCCCUUGCCUCCCCCGCCCAGCGAGAGACCCCCUCCUCCGGUGAGGGACCCACCAGGCAGAUCAGGGCCCCUCCCACCGCCACCGCCAGUGAGCAGAAAUGGCAGCACGAAUCGGGCCCUGCCUGCCACCCCUCAGUUGCCGGCCAGGAGUGGAGUAGAUAGUCCCAGGAGUGGGCCCAGGCCUCCUCUUCCUCCGGAUAGGCCUGGCGCUGGGGCACCGCCCCCACCUCCACCAUCGACAUCCAUUAGAAACGGCUUCCAAGACAACUCAGGUGAAGAUGAGUGGGAAAGCAGAUUUUACUUCCAUCCAAUUUCUGAUUUGCCACCUCCAGAGCCAUAUGUACCAACGACCAAAAGUUAUCCCAGCAAAUUGGCAAGAAACGAAAGCCGGAGUGGAUCCAACCGAAGAGAAAGGGGUGCCCCACCCCUCCCUCCCAUCCCGAGGUGAUCCUUGCCUGCUCUUCUCUCUCCAGACUCCAGAGCACCUUCUCUUGUUUGCUGUCUGAGAAUUACACACCUUCCUCCCCUGUCCCUUGUCCUCUUCAUUUAUGGCAAGAAGGAAAAAGAGAGGGUGAGGGGAAUUUCUGUGUGAGGAGGGUGAGGAUCCAGUAGAGAAAUGCACCUAGCUUUUUAUAUCCUGUAUAUUUUCACAGCUUUCGCUUGCUUCAGCUACAGCCUGCUCGUGCUGGCUUUGAGAUCCAUAGCCUUUUGUGCAGAUAGGCAGAGAUGCAUUGUAUCCCUGCCCUCAACCCAACCUUCACUGCAUUUGCUACAGGCUAUAAUUAUGAAAGCCCCCGAGAACUGUUAUCGCCUAUGCUUUUUUCGAAUGCUUGGCCUCCUGUGAGUCUGUGUUCAGGAACCCAGACCACUGAGAUAAGUUGCCGAGCAAGGGCUCACACAAAGCUUUUGCAGUUACAGGAUGCCCGGUCGUGGGCAUUCUGAGGUAGGCUGGAGGACAGAGCUGUCCAAUAGAAAUAUAAUGUGAGCCCUGUAUACAGUUUUAAAAUUUCUACUAGGCACAUUUUUGUAAAGGUAAAAAGAAACAGGAGAAGUUAAUUUUAAUAUAUUUCACUUAUACCUACACAUCCAAAAUAUCAUUUCAACCUCUAAUCCAUAUAAGAAUUAUUAAUGAGAUAUUUUACAUUCUUUUUGGUACUAAGUGCUCCAGACCCAGGGUGUUUCUGUACUUAGAGCACAUUUCCAUUUGGACUAAUUACAUGACAAGUGGUCAGUGGCCACAUGUGCUGAGUGGCCACUCUCUUGGACAGCACAGGUCGGGAAGAUGGAAGUUAGUUCAAAAACCUCUUGUUUAAAAAGCAAAAAUAGCUAAAUGAGCUUUAGCAAUUCAAGACAUACCUAAAAAUAAAGUUAGGACCCAACACUUUAUUUGGCAGGCAGCUUGACCCUAGAUUUUGGUCCCUUCCUUUUCCUCUUCCCUUCAUGUCUGUGUACAAGUGUUGCUUCACAGUAUCAAGGUCAGAAAUGGAUCUUAUACGGUUUACAGUGACAUGGAAUAAAGCCAUCAGAAAGAAACUGAAAGCCAGUUGGGGCUUCCAGGCUCAGCACCAGCUGCCUUGUGCAUUCACUUGUCAGUCAGAUGCCUGCCUUGCAGAUUUGAAGUGGCCUUUGUUUCCUUCCCACUGAGUAAGCUCCUCAGGGCCAGGAAUGGCAAGGAAGCUAGCUAGGUGGGAGGGGAGGAAAGAGAAAGGUAUCAAGACAGAAGCACAGAAGUGCAUGACAGAUUUGAGUUGAUGGGCAAAACUCUCAAAAAUCUAAAUCUGAUGCUUAUGGGGUUGACUGAAUUAGGGAGCUUGCUACUAGAAUUAGGGGGUUACUUUGAAUCUAUCCAGUAGAAUCAUUUAACUUAGAUCUAUGCAAAUAGAGCUCCACUAAAGGACCAGGAGGAGGAGCCAACCUUGCCUUUUUUUAAUGUGAUUUUGUUUACAAAAUUUUACUGGGACUUUUAAAUCUAGCUAUAGAGUUGGAAAAAAUACUUCCACUUUGAUGUUUUAUAUGGUUAUGUUUAAAAUUGCCAUUACUCGUUUUUUAAAAGCACAUGACUACAUAUAUAUAUAUAUGUAUAUCUACCUAAACUUUGUAUCAGUUUAUCGAAUUCAGUGUAUUGAUCAUGUGUUACUGGGAGAUGCUAAUAAGAAAUCAAUCCAAAGAAAAAAUUGAAAGAUGCAUUCCUAUUUAUAGAAUAAAUAACUUUCAUUUAUAUAAAAGCAGAAGAACUUAACAGUUCUAAUAAAUGGAAUGUGUAAUAAAUUAUGAAGUUACCAAUUUGAAUAUAUUGUACUUUUAUAACUUCCCUUGCCAAAGUCCUGGGCUUAGUACAUUGGAGAACUUGUUUUCUUCCCCCUCUAUUGCCAUUCCUCUAUCUUAUGGCUACAUUCACUAGGGGCUGUUACUUAGAAUCAAAAAAUAUAAAGGGAUAUAACAAGCUUGGCCAAAAUAUUUUUUUAUUUUUUGUUCCUAAUUUGGUAAUUUAGCAGCAUGAUUUUAUUUUGGGUUCUUUGUCCAGAUGUCAACAGUGACUAAUACCUGUAUGAUAAAGCCUAAUGACCCAAAAAAAUACCAUUGGGCCUUCCUAACAAAUUGACAGAGAAAAGUCUGACCCAAAGAAAGCAGGUCUGAAUUUUAUAAAGGGUAAAAUUUGUAGAGGGAAUUGGACAAGUCUUUGUAUAUCUCAACUUUGCAGGUACCUUUCUAAAGUAUGAAACAGAGUAACAGCUCAAAGUUGCCUUUCAUCCAGAAUAGAGAUGUUUCAGAACAUAUUUUAAGAGAAUGUUUCAUGAAUACACCUACACCCUUUCUUUGAAAGUUAGCAACUAAUUACAUCCACAACUUUGAACAAGUUCUAUACUAAAAUCUUUAACUGUGGAAAAUCAUGAAAAUGAGCAUUUCCUUCCCUUGAAAUCAGAGCUCACGUGUGUUUUUCCGUAAGACUUCCAAAUAAAUAUAUUCAAGAGGCAAUACAGUAUUUUAACAUUCACAUAUCAUUUUAUAUUGAAAUGUAUUACAGUAUUAAAAUUCAGUGUUCUGUAUUUAUUUCACUAUGCAUUUUAUUUAGCAAAAGCCAAGAAAAAUAUUUAAUCCAAUGGUGCCUUACUUUGUGAUUUGAAAGAAAUCAACUUUUUAUGUCUAAGUAGCAGAUUAUUUGCAUAUUUGUAAAAACUGUUAGACCUUUAUCUUUUAACUUGUAAUACCAAUUUUGUUAUUUUAGUAGCCGAAAUGAAAUAGUUAUUAAAGUGCCCUAACAUUUUGGUAUGAAAUUAAUUUUCCCCUGUUUAUAGUCAGGGACUAUAGAAGAAUAAAAAUAUUUUUUUCAUAUCAUUGCACUGUGUAAACAGACACAUCUUGGUAUCUGUGUCAUCAGGAUAGUUUAAAUGGUAGGGUAGAAUCUACCCUAGACAUCUACGUCUUUGUAAGUUAGCCAGACAAUAAAUAAAAGCAGAAUGAUACAGUGUCAA